AACCUACCAUAUAUCACUGAUUCUUAUUUGGGAACUUGUAGGCCAACACCCACACUUUCUCUCUCUACUUCUUGAUUUUCCGGCCCCUCUCUUUCUCUCUCUCAUCAGAGACAGCAGUCAACCACAAAGGAAAGAGAGGAGGGAGAAAAAAAAAAAAAAAAAAAAAAAGGAGCCAACCCCACUACUACUCCCACUUGUUCCUUAAAAAUAAUAACCUCAAAAAAAAAAUUCUUCAUAUUUCUCUCUCUAGGAUUGUGUCCUCCGAUUGAUGCCAAUUGGACGAGGAUUUUGAGCAUCAAGGAAGUUUUCUGGGACCAAACGUUAAACCUGUGUCUUUGGUUUCUGUUCUUUCCGAGAAAAUGGAUUUUAUGGAGCCACAUAGUAACAAAAGCAACAACCAUGGUGGCGGCGGCGGUGGGAAUGGUAAUGGUGGUGGUAGUAGUAAUAAUAAUACCUCCGACCACCACAACCACCUCCACCACCGUCCAACCCCACCGGCGAAUCAAGAACCGCCGCCGUCUUCCCUCCAAUUGGUUCCACACCUAAGUCAACCCGACCCGGCUGGCGCUGGGUCCGGCAAGGCCCCCGCCACCCAGCCCCCCCAUGAUCCAUUCAUGGGCUCCAUUUCAACGCCCAAUACAAACUCUGGAGCUUCCACCAAAGUGGUCGCCAAGAAGCCUUCCAAGGACCGGCACACCAAGGUCGACGGCCGGGGCCGCCGGAUUCGCAUGCCGGCGUUGUGCGCCGCCAGGGUGUUUCAGCUGACUAGAGAAUUGGGUCACAAAUCCGACGGUGAGACCAUAGAGUGGCUGUUGCAGCAAGCGGAGCCGUCGAUUAUCGCCGCCACCGGAACCGGCACAAUUCCGGCCAAUUUCUCGACCCUCAACGUGCCUUUGCGCAGCAGCGGGACUACAAUUUCAGCUCCGGCCACCAAGUCCGGGCCGCUCUUUAUCCACGGCGGCGCCACCGCUAUGCUGGGGUUCCACCACCAGCUCUCCUCCGCCGGUUACGGGCACGACCCGGAUGAGAAUUACAUGAAGAAGAGGCUAAGAGAGGACACAAGUGGCGCAACCUCACCCUCAGCCGCUAAACCGGAUAGAACCGGAGUCCAAGGACACGAACCGGGGGCAGACUCUAUACCCGGUUCAUCUCAACCCUCCAGCUUUAUCCCUGCUCCGGCCAUGUGGGCGGUGGCCCCCGCCGCCGGAAACGUCGGCAACACGUUCUGGAUGCUCCCCGUGAGCGGCGGCGGCGGCGCCACCACGGCCACCGUAGGAGUGGCGGCAGCGGCGGCGGCGGCGGCUCAGCAAGAGCAACACCAGUUUUUGCACUACAAGGGAUCAGCUGGGAUGCAAAGGAUUGGCGGGUUCGAGUUCCCCGGAGGUGGCCGGUUCAGCCCGGUUCAGCUUGGGUCCAUGGUGCUCCAACAGCCCCAGCCGGUUCAGCAGCUAGGGCUUGGUGUCUCAGAAACCAACAUGGGAAUGUUGGCCUCCAUUAAUGCAUAUAGUGGAGGUGGAAAUAGGGUUGAUUUGGGCAUGAACUUGGAACAACAUCAACAACAUCAUCACCAACAUCAUCAACAUCAUCAAAACCAACCUCAAACAAGUGAAAGUGGAGAUGAAAACCCCACAGCCUCCCAAUAGUUUCAAGAAUCGUUCAAACACCAGACACAAUGAGUCGUUGAGUUAUCGGAAUUUACUCGACUGUACUGUCGAGCCUGAGCGUGAGGGCUCAGGGCUCAGGGCAAGGGAGUGAAUUUUACCUUUUGUGGGCAAGAAUUGUUCAAAAACUUCAUGCAAACUUCUAUUUUGGUUGAAUUAUUGAAGAAUUUAGUGGAAUUAGGACAAGAAUUGAAUGUGGGCAUUGUGUAAAUAAUGUUGUCUCAAUCCUUUCUUUUACCUAUGACUGUUCAUGGUAGUUAGAGAUAAGGUUUCAAAUGUCACUAGUUGUGUUAUGGUUCAUUGUUUUUUGGGCAUUUUUGGAGCUAAGCUAAGCUAGCAUGGAGAAGUGUUUGGGUUUGAAAUGGAAGGUUGAGAUGAAUUGAUAUGAUGAUGGAUGGGGCUUUUGCUUUUGCCUUUUGGAUUCUCUUUGAAGAUAACAUAAAGAAAAUUAAAAUUCAAUCAUGUAUGUCCUCAAAUCUUGAUAAUUGAGUCAAGAUUUCUCCAAUCAAACAUGCACCCAUUGCAUGUAUGUCAAAUGUACAUAAUGGAGGUGUUGUUUGUCCA